AUGGGAAAGAUCACCUUCUACGAGGACCGGGGCUUCCAGGGCCGCUGCUACGAGUGCAGCAGCGACUGCCCCAAUCUGCAGACCUACUUCAGCCGCUGCAACUCCAUCCGCGUGGACAGCGGCUGCUGGAUGCUCUAUGAGCGCCCCAACUACCAGGGCCACCAGUACUUCCUGCGCCGGGGCGACUACCCUGACUACCAGCAGUGGAUGGGCUUCAGCGACUCCGUGCGCUCCUGCUGUCUCAUUCCCCACCAGACAGCCUCUCACAGGAUGCGGCUCUACGAGAGAGACGACCAGAAAGGUGUCAUGAUGGAGCUGAGCGAGGACUGCUCCUGCCUGCAAGACCGCUUCCACCUGGACGAGAUCCGCUCUGUCCACGUGCUGGAGGGCUGCUGGGUCCUCUACGAGAUGCCCAACUACCGCGGGCGGCAGUACCUGCUGAGGCCGCGCGAGUACAGGCGCUACCAGGACUGGGGGGCCAUGGACGCCAAGGCUGGUUCUUUGAGGAGGGUGGUAGACUUAUACUAA